AUGGCAGACGCCGACGACUUUCUCGCGCGCGCGCAGGCGCUCGGCCUGCGCCUAACGCGCGCCGACUACGAACGGACACGCGCCGGAGUGACUGCAUUCCUCAAGGCCGAGCGCGUGCCGGCCGCGUCGCCAGGGCCAAGCGUCUGCUCGACCGACACACCCGACGACGAGCCGCGCCCCCCGGUCGUCGAGCGGUGCGCCUCCCCUGCCGAGUCCGACAUUGCGUCCGGCUCCAAAAACGCGGCAAACGCCGCCGCGACGCCGACCCUCUCUCGCUGGCUGCGCACCACAAGCGGCCAGCUGAGCUUCUUUACUGCCGUCGUGCGCCCCAUGUCGGCGCCGAACGAAGAGGGCCGCACACGCAUCUCGCUCGACGAAGUCGGCAGCGCAGAAGAGAAGCGGCGGCGACGUGCCCGCCGCCGCCGCGUCCUGGAAAAGCAAAUGAUGCUGGAAAGCAAGCUUGCUCGGGAAAGUUCGCCCCACGCCGAGUCCAUGUCGACCGCCGAGCCACACUCGCCUGCGCGGACCAUCCGCGCGAGCUCGGUCGCGAGCGACACGAUGCCCCUCGAGCCUUUGACGCCACACAACGAGGGCAACGACAUUGUGCGCAGCAGCACGCCCGUAUCGAUCCGCGCGCCGUCCGAUGCGCCGGCGAGUCCUACUUCGCCGGCGAGCCCCGAGAUCAACGUGCUGAACCGCAUGGCGCGCAUGGACAAUGCAGGCAAGCUGUGGCUUGCGCCGCGCGAGGGCGAUGUGGACCCCAAGAGCGAGGACUCGGCUGCGGUUGCCGACGACUCGGGCGUGUUUGUCGAGCAAGAGGCGCCGGGCUGGGGGCCACGUCCCUACCGGCGCACCUCGUCCAACACGGAAAAUCUGAACGCGUGCAUGAAGAGCAUGAGCCUGCUCGACCGCAUCAUGAUGAGCAAGACAAGCCCCCGGCGCAUGCGGCGCGAGGCCAAAGCGCGCGCGCGCGACGUGACCGACGACGAGCAUGCCGAGACGUCGCACGACGCCGACACGAGCUCCACGUCGCACUUUGCCGACGUCUCGUCUGAGGCGCCCGAGCGCCGGAGCGGCCAUGUGCGCCAACGCAGCAUGAACGUGCGGUGGACGCAAGAGGUGACGACGCCGCUGCGCGGCAACGCGUGCGUUACGGAGCAGUACGACUUUGUCAUCCAGGACAUUUCGCCCGAGCACGCCGAGGGCCGCACCGAUUCUCCGACGCGGGCCACGGGCCGCGAGCGCGCGACGCCGAGCGCGUCCGCCACGCCGCUGACCAAGCUGGACUUGGGUGCACAGAUCACGCCGAUGCGAUACUCGCCCGGCUACAACCUCGGCUACUCCCACUACCGCUCUGCGUCGAUCACUUCCAUGUUCUCGCCGAACAUGCUCACCCCGUGGUCGCACCAGGGCCGGCUCAUGAGCAACGCCGGCCUCGCGAAUAUUGGCAGCUCGCCAUCCGCCUCGGGCGACUGGACGGCAAACACGAGCGCGAUGGGGCCCGCGUCAGCGUCACGCAGCCACAUGAUGUACACCUCGACGCCGCUGUCGCACCUGCCGUUUGAGGACUCGUGCCUGAGCCAUGCGGGGCCCUCACCAGGGCGCCUGCUGUGCAUCGACUCCUUCCCGGGCAAGUCGCCGCAGCAGCGCACGGCGCUCUCGAACGAGUCGCCGACCAAGCCGCUGCGCACGCACAUCACGAGUCCUCUGACGCAGCGCAGCGCGGCACGCACGCGCCCGGCGCUGCGCCACGAGAGCCCGAGCAAGCUCAGCGCGUCGGUGGCUGGGCGUCUCGAUCUCGUGCACCGCAUGGCGCCGGUGUACGAUGCGCCGAUGCAGGCGUGGGACAAGACGCCGUUCCGGCGCACGGAUACCGUGAGCCCCGCCGACCUCUUCCAUCCCCAGACGACGGGGCCCGCGCCGUGGCUCGUGCCCGAGUCGUGUGGCUCGGACGAGGAGCCGGUCAUGUCGCCCGCCUCGCCCGCGUCCGAGGAGGCUGACGGGCGCAGCCGUUCGAUGCGUGCGCGCCUGCCGCGGCGCAAGAGCGCCAUGCUCCGCUCGUCGUCAGCGCUCGCUGCCAUGACGCCGACGCACGGCGACGACGUCUUUGCCGGCGACGCGGAGCCGGACGCUGCUGCGCCUGCGAUCCACUCCGUCUUUUCCGAGCCGCUGCCGUCCCAUGACGCAAACCAGACCGAGUGGGACAAGCCGGACGGGAGCCGCGUCGUGAAGCUCAUCUCGGAGGAGCUGCAGGCGGCGAUCGACUCGGGCACGCUCGAGCACGAGCCAGAGCCGCGCUACUUCCGCCUUCCGCCCGGCCACGGCAGCAGCAAGGCAAAGCCGUCGUCGGUGUCGUACGCCGGCCUCAUUGGCCAGGCGAUCCUCUCAUCGUCCGACGCGCGCCUCAGCCUUGCGGAGAUUUACUUGUGGAUCAGCUCCGUCUACCCUUACUACGAGCGUGGCGACCGCGGCUGGCAAAACAGCAUCCGGCACAACCUCAGCCUGAACAAGAGCUUUGUCAAGCUCGAGCGCGAGUCGAGUAUUCCCGGCAAGGGCGGCUGGUGGGCGAUCGUCCCCGGCCACGAGGCGCGCUUCCAGAACGGCGUGUACCAGCCGAACGUGGCACGCACCGAAACGAGCCAGCGCACGUUUAAGCCGUCGCACUCGGCGCCUGCUGGUGUGCUGCGCUCGCCGUCGCGCGACGAGCGCGGCCGCAAGAAGCGCCAGGGUGCGCUCGAGGAGUCGCCUGUGUCGGCCGCCGACGAGUCGAUGGACGUCUCGUUCAAGCGCCCCAAGACGACGCGUGCGUCGCGUACGCUGCGUGCCGACAUGAGCGGCACGCCGCUGCGUGCGGCCCCUGCACAACACCCCUCGAGCAGCGUCGGCCAGGCGCCGAUGCCGGUGCUCACCGACAGCGCCAGCUCGCCGGCGACGAGCCCGCUCCAGUCCUUUGCACAAGACACGUCGCAGGGGGCGCAGCGCGCGUGGCGCGACGUCCCAGGCUACCAGUACGCCCCGACGCUCGAGCGCUCCUCGCCGCCGAAGCCUUCAGGCCUGGCGCCGCGGGCGCCCCAAGCGCCGUUGGUGCGCUCGCUCCACGACAUUGCCGACUACAACAUGCACAUGUAUCUCGCGAGUGGUGGUGAUGCGCGUGCGUAUGGCCCGCCGAGCGUCUCGCCGUCGCCUGCCUCGCCUCCCCGCCGGGCGCCAUUGCGCCCUGCGCCGAUCACGCAGCCGACCGUGCCUGGUCUGGGGCCGUACAACACGGCCUACAUGCCAGGCUACGCGCCUCCCCCUGAAUCCUUUUAUGUAUCAUGGCCUGAGGCCGGGCAUUCGGACCUGAAAGGGCCCGAGAUGCCUAUGGCCUAUGCCAACGCCAGUCCUUCUCGCCUUGCCUGGGCGCGCGCUCUGACCAUGACGACGAACGCAGAGGCGCAGUUUGGCCUGGAGCACAUCACCUCGGGUAUCGGCCGCUCGUCGACCUAUGUGUUUGAGGAGGGCAAAGGAAGCUAUGUCACGACCGAUGAGGGCGUGAAGCUGCUCGAUUUUACUUCGGGCAUCGGCGUCGUUAACCUCGGCCAUUGCCACCCCGGCGUGACCAAGGCGGCGCAGGAGCAGUGCGCCAAGAUCACCCAUGCGCAGGUGAACAUUGGUCUGAGCAAGCCGCAGAUUGACCUGAUCCGUGGCCUGCUCACUGUGAUGCCGUUCAAGGAGCUCGACACCUUCUUCCUCUCGAACACUGGCUCGGAGGCCGCCGAGGGCGCGAUCAAGAUCGCGCGCACCGUGACCAAGCGCCAGCACAUUAUCGUCGUCCAGGGCUCGUACCACGGGCGCACGGCCGGCGCCGCGGCGCUCACCCGCAGCAAAACGCAGUACUCGCAGGGCACCGGGCCGCAGAUGCCGGGCGUGUACACGACCGACUUUCCGUACUACUCGCAGCUGUGCCUCCCGGCCAGCACGCCGACGGAGGAGAUGGUCGACUACUCGCUCAAGCGCCUGCGCAUGCUCCUCAAGCAAGAGACCGCGCCGAGCGACACGGCCGCGAUCUUUGUCGAGACGGUGCUCGGCGAGGGCGGAUACGUUCCCGCCCCACCCUCGUUCCUGAAGGGCGUGCGUGAGAUUUGCGACGAGCACAACAUUCUUUUUGUCGCCGACGAGAUCCAGUCGGGCUUUGGCCGCACGGGUACCAUGUUUGCCAUUGAAGAGUCGGGCGUCGUGCCGGAUCUGAUGCUCAUUGCCAAGGGCAUCUCGAACGGCUACCCCCUCAGCGCGGUCGUCGGCAAAAAGGAGUACAUGUCGAAGCCGCCCCCGGGCUCGCUCGGCGGCACCUAUGCAGGCAACGCCGUGGCGUGCGCGGCCGGCCAGGCGGUGGUCAAGGCGUUUACCGAGGAAAAGAUUCUCGAAAACGUGGCCGCGCGCAGCAAGCAGCUGCUCGACGGCCUGCAAGUGAUCCAGGGCAAGCCACACGGCAAGCUCAUCGAGGAUAUCCGCGGACGUGGCCUAAUGAUUGGUAUCCAGUUCAAGUCGCCCUCGGAAAAGCAGCCGGUGAACGCGCUCGUGGCCAAGGCGUGCCUGAAGCGUCACAUGCUGCUGCUCACGACGAGCAUCUUUGACGUGGUGCGCACCAUCCCGCCGCUCACGAUCUCUGAGUCGGAGCUUGCGGAUGCCAUCAAGAUCCUGGAUGAGAGCAUCGAGGAGGCUGCCAAGGAGCUCGGCGCUUUGUAG